AUGUGUAUCUCAUCAUACAUCUUAAUUCUGUUUCUUUCUCUUCUUUCUCAAGGUUUUCUACUCUCAGUUUCAAAAUCUCUGCAAAAGGUAGAAGAUAAAGAUAUGUUGCUAACCACAUUAAAUCUCGGAAAAACUCUUCGAAAUGGAGACAGAACUGUGAACAGAGGAGCUAUACCUUUCCUGAAGCAUUAUAAGACUGAAGACAGCAGUGUUUUGGAUCAAGAGGAAGACAGAAACGUGAAGUUUUUGGAUACAGGUUCCAGACAUGAUUUCUUAAAUCAUGUUAUGCCAAUCAACUUAGGUAGAAAGCAACUACCUUAUCUUGCACUGAAGGGAGACAUGGCUUUUCCAGCUGACACUGAAAUUCAAAAUAUUGAAUCAAUACAAGAAAGAGAAACUGCAGAUGAAGAAAAUUCAGCUAAAUUUCCUAUAGGAAGAAGAGAUUUUGACAUGCUCAGGUGUAUGCUGGGACGAGUGUAUCGACCUUGUUGGCAAGUCUGA